UUUAAUGGUCCCUGGAGGCUCUGCAAAGCCUCUGUCACGGUGUGAUCUGCUCUGAUUGUGGAGCGGAGGGAGGACUCGGGGACACACAGAAACCUAGACAUGGACUCGGUGGCCUUUGAGGAUGUGGCUGUGCGCUUCAGUCUGGAGGAGUAGGUGUUACUGCAGCCUGUGCAGAAGAAGCUCUACAGAGAUGUGAUGUGGGAAACCUUCAGGAACCUGGCCUCAGUCAGUAAAAAAUGGACAGAUGUUGUUAUGGAAGACCAGUAUGAAAACCAGGGAGGAAAACAAAGAAGUCACCUGGUAGAGAGACUCCAUAAAGGUGAAAAAAGUAGCCAAUGUGGGGAAAAUGUCAGCUUUAUUCCAAAUCUCAAUGUGAAGAAGAAAACUCUUCCUGGAGGAAAACCCUGGGAAUAUAGUGUGUGGGGGAAAGUCUUCAUAGAUCAGUCAUCCCAUAAUGGGGAUAUCACAUGUCACACUGGACACAAACCCUCUGAGUAUAAGAAAUAUGGAGGGAAGACAUAUAAGUGUAACAUGUGUGGGAGAGCUUUCAGGUAUCUUCAGUGUUUUGAAAAACAUGAACAAAAUCACGAUGUUGAGAAACCCUAUAAAUGUGUGGAAAUGUGUGGGAAAACCUUCAUGUGGUUCAAAACCCUUCAGAGACACAUGAUCACACACACUACAGAUGCUCCUUACAGAUGUAAGGUGUGUGCAAAAACCUUCAGUUCUUCAACUUCAUUGCAAAUAUGUGAAAGAACCCACAGAGGAGAGAAGCCUUACCAAUGUCAACACUGUGGAAAAACCUUCAGAUGUUAUAGAAGUUUUCAAAGACAUGAAAGAAAUCACACUGAAGAGAAACCCUAUCAGUGUAAAAAAUGUAGUAAAGCAUUCAUGUAUCCCAGUUAUCUUCGAAUCCAUGAAAGAACUCACACUGAAGAAAAACCCUAUGAGUGUAUGGAGUGUGGGAAGGCCUUCAGAUCUCCCAGUUCCUUACAGCCACACAAAAGGACUCACAUAGGAGAGAAACCCUAUGAAUGCAAGGAAUGUGGAAAAGCCUUCAGUAAUAAUAGGUCCUUACAAAUACAUGAAAGGACUCACACUGGAGAGAAACCGUAUGAAUGUAAACAUUGUGGUAAAACCUUCAGUGCUCCCAAUUAUGUUCGAAAACAUGAAAGAACUCAUAUUGCAGAAAAACCCUAUGAAUGUAAGGAAUGUGGAAAAUCCUUUAGGUUUUCUAAUUCCUUGCAAACACAUGAAAGGACUCACAUAGGAGAGAAACCCUAUGAAUGUAAAGAAUGUGGGAAAGCUUUCAGAUAUUCUGGUAACUUACAAACACAUGAAAGAACUCACAUAGAGAAACCCUACAAAUGUAAGGAAUGUGGAAAAUCCUUCAGAUAUUCCAGUUCUUUACAAAUGCACAAAAGGACUCACAAAGGAGAGGAACCCUAUGUGUGUAAAAAAUGUAGUAAAACAUUCAGAUAUCCCAGCAAUCUUCGAAUACAUGAAAGAAUUCACAGUGGGGAGAGACCUUAUGAAUGUAAAGAGUGUGGAAAGGCCUUCAUAUCUUACAGUUCCUUACAAACGCAUGAGCGGACUCACACUGGGGAGAAACCUUUUGAAUGUAAACAUUGUGGUAAAGCCUUUAUCUCUCGAAAAUCCCUGCAAAGACACAUGAAAAUUCACACUUGACAUAUAGCUUUUCAAUGUAAGGAAUGUGAGAAAGCACUCACUUGCCUUAAUUUGUAUCCCAGAUAUAAAAGGUUUUCACACUGGAAAGAAACACUGUGAGUGAAAACA